UGAAUAGCAUAUGGCAUCUCAGACAGCACUUUACGCACACACCUUCUGCCUACAAGCACUUGCAUAUGAGUUCAUGAUGUGUUUUAAAGAUAAGCGACGCCCUGUGUCUUUAAGGGCUUGAUGGAAUAAUGGUCUGAAGCGACUGCCUUUUCUCCAGCCCUCAGGAGACAGGGAAAUCCACGCGUUAGGAAAACCCAAUGAAGAAUCGUCGCAUCUCCAGACCCAGACAUUUCCACCACUUUUGUUAUAUUUCCUAACCUACAGACUAUACCGUCAUAUUCGUAUCGAGUCUUACCGCGUUCCUUUAAAUGUUAGAUGCGGGUUCCCUGUUUGUUCCCCCCCUCCAAAAAAAACAAGAAAGCAGUAGACAAGACAUAACAGGCUCGUACGUGCUCCGACGCGAUCCCUACAAAGGACCGGGUGUGUAUGCAUACGCUCUGUAACCUCUUCGUUCGCUUCGAUUUCAAUCAUUUCGAUAAAGCGACAUCGGCCUACGUCGCGAGUUUUUACUUCGCUGUUCAAUGGAGAGGAAUACGUGUUUAUUUCAUUCGCCAAAAGGGGCGUCGAGAGAAUGUCGCCGAGCUGAAUUUAUGUCGGGAAAGUAAUGGAUUACACAUCGCGUUUUGCUUGAAGAAUGAAGAACAAUCAUACCGCCGACCGCCUCGAAAUGGACUCGACUCAACACAAAACGAUCGCCAGUUAACGGAAUGAUACGUAGAAGUCUUGGAUCUCAUCGAGGCGACAACAUAAAUAAACCACAUCACGGGCGACAUUGAUAUUUUGGCAUAAUGUGGGGGACUAGGGCUGUUUAAUGUCGGAUUACAGUGCCAGGGCUUGCUUGUCGACAGUGUGCUGGCACAGAUGGCGAACACAAGUGAUCCAGGAGAGAGCAACCCGUCACUUCAGAAUUAUGCCAUCACCGCGUCUGCGGUCAAGUUGGCAUCUUUGGGUCUCAUCACCUGCGCCAGCCUGCUCGGGAAUAUCGUGCUGUCCCUUCUAGUGCUGAAGGACAGAUCCCUUCACAAAGCUCCGUAUUAUUUUCUCCUCGACCUGUGCGCGGCAGACAUCAUACGCGCGGCGGUGUGCUUUCCGUUCGUGAUGAUCUCCAUCGACAACGGCUCCGUGUGGAGCUACAGCAUCCUCAGCUGCAAGAUCGUCGCGUUCAUGGCCGUCUUGUUCUGCUUCCACAUCGCCUUUUUGCUCUUCUGCGUCAGCGUUACACGCUACAUGGCCAUCGCGCACCACCGGUUCUACUCUAAACGCAUGACGCUGUGGACGUGCGUCGCGGUGAUAUGCAUGGUGUGGACUUUAUCCGUCGCCAUGGCCUUCCCCCCGGUUUUCGACGUGGGGACUUACAAAUUUAUCCGCGAGGAAGAGCAGUGCAUUUUCGAGCACAGGUACGUGAAAGCCAACGAUACUUUGGGCUUCAUGCUAAUGUUGGCUGUGAUCGUGGGCACGACGCACGUCGUUUAUGUCAAAAUGCUGUGUUUCGUUUACGACCACCGUAAAAUGAAACCCGCACAGCUGGUUCCGGCUAUCAGCCAGAACUGGACUUUUCACGGACCGGGGGCGACGGGACAGGCCGCCGCCAACUGGAUCGCGGGGUUCGGACGCGGUCCGACGCCGCCGACGUUAGUGGGCAUCAGGCAAGCGUCGCACAACGCAAACCGCAGGCUGCUCGUCCUGGACGAGUUCAAGAUGGAGAAACGAAUAGGCAAGAUGUAUUACAUGAUCACGUUGGUGUUUCUGCUGUUCUGGGCCCCGUAUAUUGUGUCGUGUUACAUCCGGGUGUUUGUGAAAGGAAACGCGAUUCCCCAGGUGUACCUGACGGCAGCCGUGUGGUUGACGUUCGCCCAAGCUGGGGCGAACCCCAUCAUAUGCUUUAUAUUUAACAAGGAGUUGAGAAUGAGAUUCAGAGCCUGUUUCCCGUGUUGCCUGACUACACAAACACCAAUGGAGCCCUUUUGUGUUAUCUGAUGUCAUUUCUUCAACUUAUCAGACUUUGGUUUGACUUCUUUUCUUCUUUGCCUGCCUAUCUACAUGCAGGGUCAUAAACAUUUCUGAGCACUGGAGCCAACUUUAAAAUGUAUUAUUUUCUCGUGCUAUCUUUCUUUUAAAAGGAUGACGCUCAUAUUUUGUUGUGCAUUGGUACCUUUCAAGUGAAGGGUUUCGCCUUCGCAUAUUAAAAGAUCCAGAUCCACGAUUCAGAGCAGUUUAUGCAAUCCACAUAUUCAUGUAAAUGAUGUAAAAAGAUGUUUUAUUUAUAUUCUGGAGCUCUUUUUAACUUAUAUGUAAUAUAUUUGCUAUGACCUUGACUUUUUUGUGUGAAUAAAAUGCGACUUUUUACCGUCACAUGGACUACAAAACAGACCUUAUGGUCCCUUUACUUCGAUACUGGACAGUUGUGUUAAAAGGACGUGAGCAAUCGAAUUUGACUUUUGGCUGGUGGAUCAGUAUUGAGUUGACCAUCAUUUGUAUUUUAAUUCUAAUAAACAAUUCAUUUUA